GCGGGAUUUGGCUCAGGUCAUGCAACACCUGGUGGAUGAGCAGGAUGGGGGCAAUCUAGCUAUACGGGGGAAACUGGGUACACAACCCCGUCUACGAUGCAGUCAUUCGAUGAUGAUACCACUGAUGCAGAAACAACCACGGCAUCGAAUCAUUCACGAAUUCAUCGGGGAGAGCGCGGAAGAGCCCAUGCCUUCAGGGGCAGGCACCAUACUCCUAGCGACCACACCCCGACCGGGUCCCGGGCCAGGGGAGAUACGCCGGUUGGCCGCCAUUUCCGUUAUGGGGAACAUAAUAAUACGCGAUUCGGGCAAAGACGUCAGAAUCAAAGAACAACCCCAUCGGAAGGAAAUCGGGAGUUUGUUAACCGGGGAACUCCACCUCCACCUCCCCUAACAGCCCAGGAGGAAGAAAUGGCCGAAAUGAGGAGGCAGAUGAACGGUCAACCGUGCGGUUUUUUUAAACCCCAGAGGGGAGUCAAACAGGGAGACCCCUAUCCCCCUACCUAUUCCUAAUUGCUAUCGAAAGCUUUAGUCGAGGCUUACAUAAAUUAGUACAUAACCAACAAAUUAAGCCCUAUCUAAUAGGGGGAAAACGAGCCCCGGUUGCUGAACUUGGUUAUGCAGAUGACCUCCUACUGUUCUUGAACGACUCCUCUAUUACCAUCAAAAAGCUUUUAAACUUCCAGGACCUUUUUCUCCAGCUCUACGGGACAGCUAGUUAACCUGGAAAAAUGCAACAUAAUUGUGAGUAAAGGGACAAAUCUGGCUAGAAAAAGAGAACUGCAAAAACUUUCCAAGAUGACAGUUUGUAACCUUCCAAUUACUUACCUAGGGGUUCGCCUCCACCAAGGGAUUACCAGAGUUGAACACUGCUCCAAAAUCAUCAGCGACUUUGAAUCCAGACUCCACACCUGGAACAAAAAGCAACUUAAUCAGAGUGGCCGAUUGGUACUUAUAAAUCAUGUCCUAUCUACUAUCCCAUUACAUCAUCUUGUUAUUACAAAAUUCCCAGCUAAAGUGUUUCAAAUUCUGAAUCGCUUAUUGGCAAACUUUUUCGGCGGAUCGAGUAAUAACAAACAUCGCUAUCAUUGGAAGAAAUGGGAAUCACUUUGCAGACCUGGGGAUGAGGGGGGUUGAAUGUCAGAUCGCUCAAGCACAUACAGGAGGCUCAACACCUCAAAAUGUGGUGGAAGUUAAGAAACAAGAAAUCUACAUGGUCUAGAUUUAUGCAUGAAAGAUACCUAAGAUCAAAACAGCUGAACUCCAAACCUAAAGACAGUGCAGUGUAAGGAAUAAUUGUAAUUAGAUUUUGAUAAUGCUAUAUUUAUUAGGAAUUUA